AGAUGUAAAGCGACCAUGAUGGCGGUCGAAACUUUCGUGCAACGCUAAUUGUGGAAUACAUAUUUAAUGAAAUAUCUCUUAAUAUCUCCUCCACACACAAACACUGGCCUCAAGGAUUCGACAAUCGCCAGAUUUAAACUGGCAAGUUUCCUUCCAUAAAUGGCAUCAGAACAGUAUUCCACAAUGAGUGGAAUUGAAAUAAGUGGUCAUACAAUAAACGGGAUAAAUGGCCACCAAGUAAAUGGUUUAAAUGAUCCCCAGACCCAGGAUGUGGAAAUGGUGGUGUUAGAUAAAGCAGAAAAGCUGAAGGCUCGUCUCUACUCAUACGCACCUUUAAAAGCAACUGUCAAUCCCUUCGCUUUGAGAUUCAAAGGACCUACUCAAACCCAAAUACGUCAGAUGAAGGCUCCACUUAGACCCAGGAUCGAACCUCUGCCAAGCUUGAAGAGGUACCAGGAAAUCAAUCAGCCAGAUUACAUUUACCGUAAAAACAGAGAAGCCAUUGAAGCUAGUAAAGGUACCAAAAUAUCAAAUGAGCCAGAGGCAAAGCGUCCCAAACGUCGUGUAUCCUUGCAGCCACUGGAAAGAAAGAGCAUCUCGCCUUUACCAGAACUGCCUAAAGACCUCAGAUUAAAACAGAAUAUCAUGACCUUGUCAGCGCCAUCUACAUCAAGAUCUCCUGAGGCAUCAUCAAAAGCUAGAGCUUAUUCAGAGUCUCCCUCAAGGCCAAGUUCCACCAAGUUUAAGUUUGGAAGGACCUAUUCAGGAAUGCAGGACAUGCACCAGAUAAUUAAACUUGUUAAGAAGGCAAGAAGGAACUUCUACUACCUCAGCCCUGCAGUACCCAAGUCUUCAGUUGAUUAUCAUUACUACAACCUGAAGAUUGUUGGGUAUGAACAACUGUACAAGCCGGACUACCUCACCAUCAGUCAGAAAGGAGUGACAAGGAUGCGCAGUGAUGAUGACACAGAGUUUAUUACUCUGGAGCGCUGGGAACAAGAAAUCAAAUAUUUUGAGGAACUGAUCUCGAUCCCAACAUUUAAACUCUUUCGCAAGUGGAAAGCAUUCAGUGUUUGGCGCAAAAAUGUUCGCACUAAGAAGAUCAAGACCUGCAAGAAGGCACUAAAUGAAAACCUUUUCAUUGUCAAUCCUUCCCUGCGACCAGCAUUGCUCAACGUUCGGGAGAUGUGCUACCGUAUCAGUGAGAUGGGCUUGUGUCUGAUAGACAAAGAUCACACAUACACACUUCUUGAAUUCCAAAGUGUUCAGUUCACACAGCUUAGUGAUGUAGCAGGCAGACUUCAGGAUUUUCGUGAACUGGUCAAAGAGGUGGUACGGUCUGCAUGUCGUACAGCAUUGCUUGAAGCUGGAUUCACACCUGACGACUACUUUUAUGAUGGACUUGAUGAUAGUCCAGCAGAGGUUGGACUGCCUGGUACCUCCCCAAGCUACAUGAUGCAGAGCAAUUAUGACAUGGACAUCUAUGGGGAGGCACCAGAUAAAAUGACCUACACCGAGCAGGCAAACAAGCGUGCUCACUGCAAACGUCUCACAUGCUUCAUCAGACUGGCUGAUUACCUUAUUGUCAACACCAUGCAUGUGCUGGCGGUAAAUUCUGUUUCCACCCUUCUCAACUACUUGACAGAGCAGCUCGAGAACACUCCAACAUUGGAAGAGAUCAAGAGCUUUAACCCUAUGCCAGCUGACGAUGAAUCCAUAAAUCUGGAAGAAGCAGAUGAACAACAAAAAGAGGCAGAGGAUUCCCAAGAAAAGAAAGAGGAGGAAGAGGAAGCAGCACAGCUACCUCCCUUGUUCCUUGUAGAGUUUGUCCUUGAACCCAACCAACUGAUGUUUGCUCCAGAUAUUGAUGAGUUCCAGGAUAGUGUAGCAGAAGUUGUCAAACGGUUCCAAGAUGCAGUGCUUGGGGUCCUGAACCUUGUGCCAGACACUUAUUUUGAUGCUUUCACCAGACCUAUCAUCAAUAACAAAUUUGAAGAAAAAACCUGUGGCGAAGGGCCCAGCCUGACUAUAAUGUUUGAAGAUGACAAGCAUCUGCAAGCCCUCAUCUUAAGCAUCAGAGAUGCAGUCACUGCUGCUUUCAAUGCAGUCAGUCAGUACGCAGACACGUUCGAGCCAUAUCGAGAAUUUUACCGAGAGAAUGAGAGUCUGGAUCUGGAGGCUGUGAGGAGGCAAGACCAUGAUGCUCCUAUACUGUUUCAUAGUAGAAGACCUCAGGAUGUUGCAUUUUUUGCACACCAUUUGAAAAAGUACCACAGGGAACAUGCAAUGGCUGAAAAGAUUAAACUGCAGUGCCCCAUCGGCAUGCUGUUGGUUGACAGUGUCCAAAUGAAGGAGUUGCUGCUACCAUCACCACUGCGUUGUCUUGAAGUGAUAGAGGAACUGCUGCCAGUGAAAGCCAGCCAGGAGGUGGCACGGCUUAUUGCAGAGCUGCAAGAUGCUCAGUUCCGACUGGAAGCUGUGGCCACUACAACAGUGGAGUUUGUCCACAGUCUCACUUUCCUGGACGAGGUCCAGAUCAGGAUUGACCCUCUAGAGAGGGAGGCAAUGGUAGUGAAAGAGAUGUAUGAACUGAUUGAUGAGUAUCAGGUGCCAACACCACCUGAGGAUUUUGCAGUGUAUCAGACCCUAAAUCCUGCUAUUACCAAUGUGCGUAAUGCCAUUGACAAGGCUCUGGCAGAACGUGACACAAAUGUGGACAAGUUCUGCACUCAUCUAGACAAGGACAUUGCUGAGUUGACUAAAGAGGUCAAAGAGAUCAAACAAGAUGCUCAGAACCCAAUGAUACUGGACCCUGCAGCUGAUAAGACACGUGUCCAGACAUUGCUGAAGAAAUUACUUACUCAGAUGGACAAUCUGCAACAGAGGGCAUUCACCUACAAGAGUUAUCAGAAGAACUUUAAGGUUGAGGUAACCAAAUAUGAGGCAUUGGAGGAAGCCCAUGCAGAACUCAAACUAAAAGAGCUCCUGUGGAAGUCUAUGGAUGAAUGGGAUGGUCUUAUGAAUGAGUGGACAGAGGCACCAUUUGAAUCUCUGGAUCCAGAAGAACUGAACAUCGUAACAACGAAAUAUGGCAAGUCAGUUAUGCAGCUGGAGAAAGGCCUGCCGCCCAAUGGGGUUGUCCCUCUGCUGAAAGAAAAAGUGGAAAAGAUGAGAGAUAGGAUGCCAGUGAUCACAGAUCUGCGUAACCCAACUCUGAAGCAGCGACACUGGGAUGUCAUAGAGGAUGUUCUCAACUGUCACUUCUCUCCUGAAGAACCUCUCACACUGGGGCGCCUUGUUCAUAUCAAUGCAUUCCGACAUGCAGAGCGCUUGCAGGAAAUCUCAGGACAGGCUUCCUCAGAGGCUAGUCUUGAGGGCAUUUUGAAAAAGGUGGAGGACUCAUGGAAGGCACUAGAGUUUAUUGUUCUGUCCCAUAAAGACUCAAAGGAUGUCUUCAUCUUGGGAGGCACUGAUGAGAUUCAACAGGUGCUUGAUGACAGCAACAUCAAUGUGGCUACCAUUGCCUCGUCACGCCAUGUGGGACCCAUCAAAUCUCGUGUUGAUGAAUGGGUCAAGCAACUUGAUCUGUUUGGCAAGACACUGGAUGAAUGGCUGAACUGCCAGCGAUCCUGGAUGUACCUAGAGAGUAUCUUCUCUGCACCUGACAUUCAGCGUCAACUGCCUGCUGAAGCCAAGAUGUUUAUGCAGGUAGACAAAUCCUACAAGGACAUCAUGCGCAAAGUCAACAAAGUUCCCCUGGCCAUUCGUGCCGCAACACAGCCAGGAUUGUUGGAGACCUUUCAGAACAACAAUGCGCUGCUGGAUCAAAUCAUGAAGUGUCUGGAAGCCUACCUUGAAUCCAAGCGUGUCAUAUUCCCAAGAUUCUACUUCUUGUCCAAUGAUGAGUUGCUAGAGAUUCUGGCACAGACACGCAAUCCACUGGCUGUACAGCCCCACCUACGCAAGUGCUUUGAUGCUAUUUCAAAGCUGGAGUUUGGUGUUGCAUCUGGUGCUGAGGGCAAGGCUACGCCAGACACAGGAGAUGAAAAGCCAUCUGAGGUGCAGUACACAAAUGACAUUUUGGCAAUGAUUUCACCUGAAGGUGAAAAGGUGUCUCUUGGCAAGGGCUUGAAAGCACGUGGCAAUGUGGAAGACUGGUUGGGCAAAGUAGAAGAAGCAAUGUUUAUUAACCUUCGCCGACUUUCCAAGGCAGCUAUUGCUGAUUUCGAACGUCGAACCAGAGAAGAAUGGGUGUUGUGCCAUUGUUCACAGGUUGUGCUUACAGUGUCACAGAUUGUGUGGUGCCGAGAUAUCUCUGAAAUCCUGGAGGGAGAUUUUGACCGAAAAACAGGCAUGAAAGAAUUUGAAACCAAGAACUAUCAGGAUCUAAAUAAACUUGCAGCCAUUGUGAGAGGAGAGCUUCCAAAACUUGCUCGUGCUGUCCUGUGUGCGCUCAUCACCAUUGAUGUCCAUGCACGAGACAUGGUGACUGACAUGGUCAAACAUGAGGUCAGCCGUAUCAAUGACUUUGAAUGGCAGAAACAGCUUCGUUACUACUGGGACACAGACAUUGAUGACUGCCUUGUGCGCAUGUCUAACUCAAUCUACCACUAUGGCUAUGAGUAUUUGGGAGCCUCCCCCCGUCUUGUAAUCACCCCACUGACAGAUCGCUGCUAUUUAUGUCUCAUGGGGGCACUUCAGCUGGAUUUGGGUGGUGCACCUGCUGGUCCAGCUGGCACUGGCAAAACAGAAACAACCAAAGAUCUGGCCAAGUCCCUUGCCAAACAGUGCGUUGUCUUCAACUGUUCUGAUGGCUUGGAUUAUAAGAUGAUGGGCAAGUUCUUCUCAGGACUCGCACAGUCUGGAGCAUGGUGCUGUUUUGAUGAAUUCAAUCGAAUUGACAUUGAGGUUCUCUCUGUCAUUGCACAGCAGCUCAUCACCAUUCGCAAUGCUAAGGCACAAAAGCUUACCCGGUUCAUGUUUGAGGGGCGCGAGAUCAAGCUUGUGUCCACCUGUGCAGCUUUCAUCACUAUGAACCCUGGCUAUGCUGGGCGCACUGAGCUGCCAGACAACUUGAAAGCUCUGUUUCGUCCUAUUGCCAUGAUGGUGCCAGAUUAUGGACUUAUUGCGGAGGUGAUCCUAUAUUCAGAAGGCUUUGAGUCCUCCAAGAAUUUGGCCCAGAAGAUGGUGCAGAUGUACAAACUGUGCUCAGAGCAGCUGUCUCAGCAAGACCACUAUGACUUUGGAAUGCGGGCGGUCAAGUCUGUGCUGGUGAUGGCAGGUUCUCUGAAACGACAAAACCCUGACAAAUCAGAGGAUGUGGUAUUGAUUCGAGCACUUAGAGACAGCAAUCUGCCCAAGUUUCUGAAACAGGAUGCAGUCCUAUUUCAAGCUAUUCUGCAGGAUCUGUUUCCUGGAGUGGAUAUUCCGGAGCAUGACUAUGGUCGCCUGCAAGCAGAGAUCAUUUCUGUGCAAGAGAAAAAUAAACUGCAGGUGGUUAUGACCCAGGUCAAAAAGGUCAUCCAACUAUAUGAGACCAUGAUUGUGCGCCAUGGAGUUAUGCUGGUUGGACCCACUGGAAGUGGUAAAACUACAGUGUAUCAGAUUCUGGCUGAGACGUUGGAGAAUCUUUAUAAAGAAGGGCUGCCUGACCCAUUCUAUCAGCCUGUCCACACAUAUGUGUUGAACCCUAAGUCCAUCACCAUGGACGAGUUGUAUGGUGGAGUGGAUAAGCUGACUAUGGAAUGGCAUGAUGGCCUCAUGGGCAUCACUGUGCGAAAUGCUGUUCAGGAUACAACUGAAGACCAUCAAUGGAUCAUCUGUGAUGGUCCAGUGGAUGCCUUGUGGAUUGAGAACAUGAACACUGUGCUGGAUGACAACAAGAUGCUGUGUCUGGCCAACAGUGAGCGCAUUAAGUUCACACCCUACAUCCACAUGGUGUUUGAGGUUGCAGAUUUGGCAGUAGCCUCCCCUGCAACUGUCAGCAGAUGUGGCAUGGUCUACCUGGAUCCUGAAGAGCUCAAGUGGAUGCCAUACGUCCAAACCUGGAUGAACAAAUGGAAGCACAAAAUGAAAGAAGUCACAGUUGAUUACACCCUUGAACUGUUUUCUCGCUAUGUUGAAGAUGGACUCAAAUUUGUAAACAAAAAAUGCGAACAAGCCAUAAACCAGGUGGAUAUUAGUAAAGUAACAACGCUGUGCAAACUGCUGGAGGCCCUGCUAUUCCCUGUACGUGGAGGUCCAGACUUGGAGGCAGAAGUGUCCAGACUCCACAUCUUGGUAUGCUCAACAUUCAUCUUUUGCUACAUUUGGGCCAUUGGUGGGAACAUUUUGGAGAAGUACUGGGACUCAUUUGACACCUUUGUCAGGAACCAGUUUGAAGAUAACAGUGAUGCAAAGCUGCCAACUGGUGGCGACUUGUGGAGCUAUUACAUGGACAUGGAACUACGGCGCAUGGAUUCCUGGGAAAAGAUUGUACCUUCCUUCAGAUAUGACAAAGAAGUUCCAUUCUUUGACAUGCUGGUACCAACUGUGGACACAGUGCGCUUUGGUUACAUACUGGACAAGUUACUGUCAGUUCAGCGAUCUGUACUGUAUACUGGCGGCACUGGUGUUGGCAAGUCGGUGAUUGCACGGGCUACCUUGAACAACAUUUCAGACCGCCAGAACUAUGUGCCAGUGUUCAUCAACUUCUCAGCUCAGACAAGCAGUAGCCGAACACAAGAGAUGAUUGAGGCCAAGCUCGAGAAACGACGCAAGAAUGUCAUAGGUGCACCUUUGGGCAAAAGGGUGAUUAUCAUGAUUGAUGACCUCAACAUGCCCAAGCUUGACACAUAUGGCUCCCAGCCACCAAUUGAGUUGCUUCGUCAGUACCAAGAUUUUGGCGGACUCUAUGAACGUGAAAAAAUGACCUGGAAAGAAAUUCAGGAUGUGACCCUGUGUGCUGCCUGUGCACCACCUGGUGGUGGACGUAACCCAGUGUCCCCUCGUCUUUUCCGCCAUUUCUCAAUGCUGGCAAUUCCAUCGCCAACUGAACACAGCCUGAAGCACAUGUUUUUAGCCAUCAUAACAGGGUUCUUAAUGGAUUUUCCAACGGCUGUGCGUCAGUGCAAUGAGCCCAUUGUCAUGGCAGCAGUGGAAAUUUACUUCCGUAUGAGCACAGACUUGUUGCCCACUCCAGCCAAAUCACACUAUGUUUUCAAUCUGCGUGACCUGUCCAAAUGCGUCCAGGGCAUGCUGCAAGGUGACCCAGGAGUGAUUCGGGACAACCACCAAAUCUUCAAAUUGUUUGUGCAUGAGGCUCAGCGUGUGUUCCAUGAUCGGCUCAUCAACUCAGAAGACAAGCAGUUCUUUCAUGAGAUUAUGGCUGAGAUGGCUAGCAAGCACUUUGGAGAGACGGUGGAUGCCGAGACUUUUGUGACUCGCCCCAUCAUUUUUGGGGACUUCAUGAAGAUGGGGGCAUCAGAGCAAGACAGGAUGUAUGAGGAGUUGACCGACAUGAACAAAGUCAAGAAUAUCCUGCAAGAUUAUCUGGAUGAUUACAACAUGCAGUCUUCCAAGGAAAUGAAACUAGUCUUUUUCUUGGAUGCCAUUGAGCAUGUGUCACGCAUUGUUCGCAUGAUUCGUCAGGAGCGUGGAAAUGCACUGCUGGUUGGUGUGGGUGGCACUGGCAAGCAGUCUCUCACCAGACUUUCAGCCCACAUCUGUGGCUACAAGUGUUUCCAGAUAGAGCUGAGCCGUGGCUAUGACUACAACUCCUUCCAUAAUGAUCUGAAAAUACUGUACGAUUCAGCAGGUGUUCAGAACCAGCAUACUGUUUUUCUUUUCACAGACACCCAGAUUGUUGUGGAGGAAUUUCUGGAGGACAUUAACAAUAUCCUGAACUCCGGUGAAGUGCCAAAUCUCUUUGAACCUGAUGAAUACGAAAAACUUAUCAUUGGUUGCCGACCUGCUGCUAAGGAAGCUGGUAUUGCUGAAGGCAACCGUGAUGCCAUCUAUGACUUUUGCAUCAACAGAGUGAGGAACAACCUGCACAUUGUUUUGUGCAUGAGUCCAGUGGGAAAUGCUUUCCGCACUCGUUGUCGCAUGUUUCCAUCUCUAGUCAACUGCUGCACAAUUGACUGGUUUGUGGAAUGGCCCCGUGAAGCUCUGCUGGGUGUCUCCAAGUCCUUCUUUGAGAGCAUUGACCUCGGAAGUGAUGAAAUUAAGGAACGGAUUGCGGAGAUGUGCGUUGAAAUUCAUGUCAGCGUUAGUACAAUGGCUGAGCGUUUCUUCGCUGAACUCAAACGACGAUACUAUACCACACCAACAAGUUACCUGGAGUUAAUCAAUUUAUAUCUGUCAAUGCUUCAAGAGAAAACUAAGACGUUGAAACAAGCCCGUGACCGAGUAAAGAAUGGUCUGGUCAAACUGCUGGAGACCAACGUACUUGUGGACAACAUGAAAGUGGAACUGGUAGCUCUGGAGCCAGAGCUCAAGAAAAAGUCUGAGGCCACCCAGAAGCUCAUGGAAGACUUGGUGAUAGAUCAGGAAAAAGCAGAUGCUGUGCGGAAAGUGGUAAUGGAGGAUGAGGCAGUGGCCAAGGUGAAGGCAGAGGAGACUCAGGCCAUUGCUGCUGAUGCUCAGCGUGAUCUGGAUGAGGCCAUGCCAGCGCUGGAAGCUGCCAUCAAGGCCUUGGACUCGCUGGACAAAAAUGACAUUGCUGAAAUUCGUGUUUUCUCUAAGCCUCCAGAGCUUGUGCAGACUGUCAUGGAAGCCGUGUGCAUCUUGCUAGGGGCCAAGACAGACUGGGCCAGUGCCAAGACAACUCUGGGUGAUCCCUAUUUCCUGAAGAAGCUUGCAGAGUAUGACAAAGACAACAUCCCAGAAUCUCUUUUAAAGAAGCUGAAGAAAUACAUUGAAAACCCAAAGUUUGUGCCAGAUGCUGUGGAAAAAGUUUCAAAAGCCUGCAAGUCCAUGGUGAUGUGGGUGAGAGCCAUGGAUCUUUAUGCACGUGUCUUUCGUACUGUGGAGCCCAAACGGCAGAGACUUGCAGCAGCCCAGGCAGAACUGGACAUUGUGAUGAAGAUGUUGAAGGAGAAGCAGGACAAGCUAGCAGCUGUGAUGGCCAAGAUUGCACAGUUGCAGAAGACCUAUGAUGACAGCGUUGCAGAGAAACAAAAACUGGAACGCAACAUUGCCACCACUGCAGCUCGGUUAAAGCGUGCCUCUAAACUUACCACAGCUUUGGCUGAUGAACAGAUUAGAUGGCAAGAAUCAGUGGAGAAUUUUGAGAAGAUGAUCGGCAAUGUUGUGGGAGAUGUGUUUGUGGCAGCAGCAUGUGUAGCAUACUAUGGGGCUUUCACAAGCAUUUACAGGCAAGAACUAGUGACAGCCUGGACACAGCAGUGUAUAGAAAAAGAAAUUCCUUGUACAUCUGGGAUGACAUUGGAAAAAGUUCUUGCGGAUCCAUUUGAGAUCCGUCAGUGGAAUGCUGAUGGCCUUCCUCGAGAUCAACUGUCCACCGAGAAUGCAGUACUUGUAACGCGUGCAAGAAGAUGGCCACUCAUGAUUGACCCCCAAGAGCAGGCAAAUCGCUGGAUCAGAAAUCGUGAGUCAAAGAAUGGACUGAAGGUGGUGAAGCUGUCUGAUAGUACUUUCUUGAGAACUCUUGAAAACUGCAUUCGCAUUGGUAUGCCUGUGUUGCUGGAGGAUGUGGGUGAGACACUGGAUCCUGCCCUCGAGCCUGUGCUGCUUAAACAGACAUAUACAUCAGGUGGCAGACUGCUGAUUCGAUUGGGAGACAGUGAUGUGGACUAUGAUCGCAAUUUCUGUUUCUACAUGACGACAAAAAUGGCCAACCCUCAUUAUUUGCCAGAGGUCUGCAUCAAGGUGACCAUCAUCAACUUCACCGUCACCAAGUCAGGCCUGGAAGAUCAGCUGCUUAGUGAGGUUGUCCGCUUGGAGAGGCCAGACCUUGAGGAACAACGUAACCAGCUCAUCGUCCGCAUCAAUGCUGACAGGAACCAGCUGAAAGCCAUAGAAGACCGCAUUCUCAAAAUGUUGUUUGAAUCUGAAGGCAACAUCUUGGACAAUGAGGAGCUGAUUAACACACUUAAUGAUUCCAAGGUAACAUCGGGAAUCAUAAGUCAACGUCUGGCAGAAGCAGAGCUGACAGAGACAAAGAUUACAGCAGCCCGAGAGAAAUACAGAACUGUGGCAGAGCGAGGCUCUGUCAUGUAUUUUGUGGUGGCAAGCAUGGCUGAGGUUGACCCAAUGUACCAGUUCUCCCUCAAGUACUUCAAACAGCUGUUCAACUACACCAUUGAGAUUAGUGAAAAGUCUAAUGACCUGCCAACACGACUGAAAAUCUGUUUGGAUGAAACGACCUUGUGUAUAUACAAGAAUGUUGCAAGAGCUCUGUUUGAGAAAGACAAGCUGGUGUUCAGCUUCAUGCUGUGUGGAGAAAUAAUGAAAACGGCAGGCCUGAUCGACAUUGUAGACUGGAACUACUUCUUACGUGGUGCAACAGGAUCUCUUGACAAGCAAAGGCCAGCAAAACCAAACGUGGAAUGGAUGAAUCAACAAAAGUGGAUAGCUGCAUGUGAUUUGCACGACAAUCUAAGUGGGUUCAAGGGUAUUGCUGCUGACUUGACCAAGACACCAGUCUCAGUUGAGAUUGGCAGUAUUCAAGUACAUGCUAACCCUGAAGAGUCGGAAGAGUAUGAACCUUUGCCACCUGAACCUGAAAGUCUCACAGAACCCUAUGUGGAAGGGAAAACACGAGGCCAUUGGAACAAGCGUCUCAGCAGCUUUCAGAAACUUAUUUUCAUCAGAAAUUUCAAGGAAGAAAUGACUGUGUUUGCAGUGGCAGAGUUUGUGAGGCUGAACUUGGGUCAAACAUUUGUAGAAAGCCCAGCAGUCAACUUGAAUGAGCUUUAUGAAGACAUGAACAGAUCGACACCUUUGGUCUUUGUGUUGUCAACUGGCUCUGAUCCAAUGGGUGCUUUCCUCCGGUUUGCUCGAGAAAUGGGAUACAUUGAAAAAAUUCAAUCCAUUUCCCUUGGACAAGGGCAAGGCCCUGUCGCAGAAAAGAUGAUAGAAUCAUCAGUGAGGAAUGGAGAUUGGGUCUUCUUGCAAAAUUGUCACCUGGCAGCAUCAUGGAUGAUUGCAAUGGAGGAAGUGGUGAAGGAAAUUCAGGAAAAACCAGAGAAUGUUAAUGAGAACUUUAGGCUCUUUCUGUCUUCAAUGCCUGCCAGGCAUUUUCCUGUCUCAGUACUACAGAACUCUGUCAAGGUGACUAACGAGCCUCCUAAAGGGUUGCGGGCUAACCUUCGCCGAGCCUUUGCAGAAAUUACUCCUACUUUCUUUGAAGAAAAUGGGCUUGGCAUGGAUUGGCGACGUGUUGUUUUUGGUAUUUGUUUCUUCCAUGCCAUUGUCCUUGAGAGAAAGAAGUUUGGCCCACUAGGCUGGAACAUAAAGUAUGAGUUCAAUGAUAGUGACCGUGAGUGUGCCUUGCUGAACCUGCAAAUGUUUUGUGUGGAAGGAGAGAUCCCAUGGGACACACUUAUCUACAUCACUGGCGAGAUCACAUAUGGAGGUCGAGUCACUGACUUCCUUGACCAGCGAUGUCUGCGCACUGUGUUAAGGUCUUUCUUCCGUCCAGAAACACUAAAUGUUGACUACAAGUAUUCUCCCUCAGGGAUUUAUUAUGCCCCCAUGCUGGACACUAUCGCAGAAUACCGACAGUAUAUUGAAGGUCUGCCUCAGAUUGAUGAGCCAGAGAUCUUUGGCAUGCAUGAGAAUGCCAAUAUUGCCUUCCAGACACAGGAGACCAAUACCUUGGUCACCACCAUCUUAGAGGUACAGCCACGGCAGUCAGGGGGUGGUACUGGCAAGUCCAAUGAUGAGAUUGUCUUUGAGUUGGCAGAAAACAUCCUGGGCAAGCUGGUGAACAAGAUAGACAUUGAGGAGGCCAGCAAAGAUAUGUUUGAGCCAGACUCGAAGGGUCGGUUGAACUCCCUGACCACCGUGCUAGAACAAGAGGUGGAUCGCUUCAACAAAUUGCUACAUGUCAUCAAGAACUCUCUGGAGAUGCUGCAGAAGGCCAUCAAAGGUUUUGUUGUGAUGAGUGAAGAGCUAGACCGUGUCUACACUGCUUUUAUCAACAAUCAGGUACCUGGGCUGUGGGCCAACUCAGCAUACCCAUCUCUGAAACCUGUUGGUAGCUGGGUAACUGACCUGGUACUGCGGUGUGCCUUCAUUAACAACUGGAUUAGGUUUGGUGCCCCCAAAUCCUAUUGGCUGUCUGGCUUCUUCUACACCCAGGGCUUCCUGACUGGAACACUGCAGAACUAUUCCCGAAAGCAUGAACUGCCCAUCGACCAUCUGCGCUUCAGGUACUUCGUGAAGAAGCAGUACCGUGAUCAGAAGGUUGUGACAGAACAGAUGGCAAACCUUCAAUAUGGACAAGAGAUCGAACUUGACAAGGAGAUUGAUCUGCCUAAGGAUGGCGUGCUGGUUCACGGCCUCUUCUGCGAUGGCUUCAGAUGGGAUGAUGACACCAUGACAUGUGCAGAUGCCAUCAAAGGAGUCAUGAACUCACCUCUUCCCAUGAUGCUCAUGCAGCCUGAGAUGGACUACGAGCCUGAUGAGAAGGACUACACAUCCCCUCUGUACAAGACCUCUGCGCGCGCAGGUGUUCUGUCAACGACAGGUCACUCAACAAACUAUGUUGUUGCUGUCCAUCUGCCAUCCACCAAAUCCCAGGACUAUUGGAUAGCCAAAGGAGCAGCUCUGCUGUGCCAACUUAAUGACUGAGAAUGCACAUGGGUGUUGAGCAGAUCCUGUGACAGACAUCUCACUGCCCAUCUCUCAACUGCUGACAUGUACCUUUUACAUUUUUUUUGUGGCCAUCUCUUAUUGUGCCUCUCAAUACUUUACAUAAGAUACAUGUAUACACACACUUUUGGAGUUAUUCUUCUGGUGGCUGGUACAAAGAAAAGACCCACUCAUCUUCUGACAGUGUUUGUGAUCUGUACUCCAACAUGCUCCAACAAUGGUGUUGUGCGGCUGUGAGCAAGCAGGCAGGCUGACUCUACCUGCACGUCUGCUAUCUUGCCAUUAAGCUUCACCGCUACACAGGCCUUCUCUUUUGGUCAUCCUCUAGCUACCCCCUGACAAUCUGCUGAGCAUUCCUCUUGCUGGGACACUGUGAUAAUGCUGUGAAAAACAAUCUGUUAUAAUACAUUUUUACUUUUAUUGCAGAAAAGUUUGAGACAUGUGAGAUAUUUGUGUGCUGUUUAGUUUGAUACAAACUUGUUAGUGAAAUCAGUAUUCUUAUGCUAGUAUUUUUGUGGCUUAAGGAAGUUUAUAUGGAUCUGCUGAUGUGAAGUGUAUGACCAGCAUGUGUGAGUGAAUAAUGUGCUGAAUGUUGCUGUGAAAUACAAAUUCAGUUUAUGUAAAAGCUCAUUGUUGAUGAAAGGUGGUUCAACUUAUAAAGAGCAGGGAUAACUAUGCAUACAGGAACUACAUUCCCUCUUUUUCACUGCUGCUAAAAAAGAAAAUAUAUUGCCAUAAAGAAAGAUUUUUAUAUGUAAAUGUAUACACUUUAUUUACCCUUUUUGAGUCUUUAUGCCUGUGCCUAUUGAAAAUUAAUUUCCCCACAGUAAAACAUACUGCUGAAUUUGGGCAAUUUUUUAAAAUUCCGUCCUUGUACAAUAACCGACAGAUUUAUUAUCUAUGUCUUUCUAGAACAUUAUGUGUGUGUGGGUGCAUGCAUGUGCAAGUGUGUCUGUACCUAGGUUGAGCCUUAUUUGCUAUGCAUAUGCUUGUGUUGGAAAUGAUUUUUUACAUGUACACUAUUUAUCCCAGUUACCUGGCAUGCAAUGCUGUGAUAAGUUUCCUACAACAUUCCCUCUUGUAUAUUCAAUCUUCCUUCUACAAAUCACAACAGCUUUGAAUUUUGUUAAUUAUACAUUUUUCCCAGUUUUAUUAGGAGCCAUUUGUAAAUAAUCUUAGAGUGCCAGGUGUGAUAAAUUCUUGGGCAGAUAAUGAGGUUAGCUUUAGAAACAGGGUCACCUGUGAUAUCAACACAAGGAUUAAAGACUCCAGCAUAUACACGGUGUUUGAUAUUAAAAACAUGUACCAAUACCUUCAAAGUUGAGAUAAAUAAAUUUGCAGCCAUU